AUGUUCAUCGUGCAGGAGGUGUGCCGACGGGACGCCCAGGUGCAGGCAUUCAUUGCAGAAACCUCAGUCCCGACUGAGGUCAGCAAAGAGAAUGACAGCCGUGCAGCAGCCCUGGCUGCUCUAACAGCUGAGAAGCAGACGCUUCAGCUGAAGCUGGAAGAAGCCGACAGGCGCCUUGCCGAAACUCGAGCACGUGCGGAAAAGAGGGAGAUGCAACAGCGAGAGGCCCUGGAGAGGAGCGAUGCUGAGCGGCAACGGCUGCUACAGGAGGUUGAAGCUGGUCGAUCUGAGCGGGAAUCACUGGCAACAUCCCUGGAGGUGGCCAAGCAGGGCCUGGCUGCUGCAUCGACACGUACUGAGGAAUUGGAGUCUGAACUGGAGGUGGAGCGUCGGCGUGGGGACACCGAACUACAAGCCUGCCAGGCAGAGGUGGAUGAACUGCGGACCCAGGUGACUCAACUAGCGGCAGUUGAGGCAGCUCUGCGUGACUCGGCCCAGGCAGCUCAAGCACAGCUUGCCGACUAUCGCGCCCAAGCCGAGAGCAAUGCAGAGCAGGCUGCACGGCUAGCUGCUCAGCUCAGGGAGCGCGAGUCUGAGCUGGCGGCGUGUCGGGAACAGCUGGUCACCUGUCAGCGGGAGGCUCAGGCCAGCCACGAAGAACUCGUGGCCGGACGUGCCGAGAAGGUUGAGCUAGCACAGGCCGUGCAGGCGCUGCACCAAGCCAAGAGUCACCUGGCCGACCAGCUGUCUGCGCUUGAGCUCGAGGUGGGAAAUCUCCGCAACAACCAAGUGGCACUCGAGGCCGACAGGGCCGCGUUUGAAGCAGAGGUUGAAAACCUGCGCAAGACCCAUGCAGAAGGGGAGGCCAGCCGUGCCGGGCUCGAGACCAUGGUAGCCGAGCUUAAACGGCAGCGCGACCAGCAGGUCGCCGAGCAUCAGCAGGCGCUUCAGGGUAUCCAGGCAGAGCUGGCACGGGCACAGAGCAAGGCGCAGCAGGCGUGCUCCGAACUGGAAGUGGAGCAGCAGCGCAGUGCCCGACAAGAGGCAGCUCUGGAGGCCUUACGGGAGCAGCUAGCAUCCGAGCAGGCCAGUCGUCAAACUGCCCAGACUCAGCUUGACUCAGCCCAAGGAGACAAGCUAGAGCUAGAGGCAAAGUUGGAAAAUGCACUGGAUGAACGGAGGGCCCUGCUGGAUCGAUGUCUGCGUAGUGAGGGUGAAGCUGAAACGUUAAGAACCAAUGCUGCAGACUUGAGACGUCGACUGGACGACUCUUUGGCCGCUUUGCACGAGCUGGGACGAGAGAACCAGCUGCUGCAGUGGACAAUGCCAAGCACCAAGGCAGGAAGUGGGCCGAUGACUCGCAAGUUACUCACUGCACUGGGUGCGAGAAGCUGUUCACUGUCACUAUCCGCAAGCACCACUGCCGAAACUGCGGCAACAUUUUCUGCAACGAGUGCUCGGCAAAAAGUGCAGCCACCGCGUCGUCCAGGAAGCCCGUCAGAGUGUGUGAUAACUGUUACAGCGAACUGACCAAAUAACGACGCCCACCGCAACCUUGAAAAAAACUUAUUCGUCACUUGCGUGCCUGUCAAAGAGGUGUGGCAACAACGGGACUUAACGUGCUCGGGUUUACAUGUAGUGCAAUCUGUUUUGCGGCCAACUUCUGCGCAGCUGUGUUUCGUGGAACUGCUAAGCAUCCAUGUACGUCCACACUCGUCGUCGGGAACACCAUGCAUAGUGUGUGCCGGUCAGUGCAUUUCACAUCAGGUGCCAUCUUGAGUUCCUAGCUUGCCAUCUUCUAAUAUGACGGGGACUUUGUGCGCGUAGAAUCAAACCACGCUGCGAUAGCCUGCUUGCAAUAGGUUACGGGUGCAGUUUUACGAAUCUUUUUCAGAGGCAAAUUAUCUAUUGAACCAAAAUGUAGAUAGUAUCACAUUUGUGCUUGUCUGUAGUUGUAUGUACUUUGUUAUAUGAUUUGUCGUAGUGAACAUUUUUUUUCUUUAGCCAUAGAGCAAAUGAGUAGUAAAUAACCGUGGAUGUUAUGGAGUGUUUGAAAGAUUUCAACACUGUAGGUGGUACGCAUGCAAACUAUUCACUUUUCUAGACUAACUGAAAAAGAUUACUUCACCCUGUGGGCUCUUCAAGAUAAUUUGUAUUGCCCAAUUCUUUCUUAAAAUUCCGAGUUGAAGCCUCCAUCAGAAAAUUAGCAGUCUAUUUUGGGGAUAAUUUGUCGAGCAUAAAAAAUGCCAGGGAAAUGUACAACUGUUGGCGAUGCACACCGUUUCAUUUUUAUGCUCCAGUGUUAUUUGUCACUGAUGUAAUCAUCUCAUUAAGACAACCUGUGGACCUUUGUUAAUUAUGCUGAUUUAGUGGAUUUACAGUGCUCUACAAAAGUGGAAACUGGAGGAGCGGUUCAUGGCAAGAGGAUAGUUAACUCAUUGAUCUGUGCCCAGCACUGAAAAUAAAAAAUAAUCUCAUGCAAAUUUUUUAUUGAUUACUCCAAAUAAAAUGUAACAAAUUGAAA